AUGGAAGAAGGUCGCGCACGAGGGCAUCAGCGCGGAUGGAGCGACGAAAGCUAUGAGAAAGAUGAGCUUCUGCCCCAGCCAAAGAAUGGAUGGAGCAAAAAGAAGAAGUUAUGGAUAAUUGGAGGAAUCAGCCUUGUCUUAUUGAUCGUCAUCAUUGCCGUCGCUGUGGCGGUAAGCCAGAAGAAGGGAGGAGGCGGAGGCGGAGGCAACGACACGUCAUCAUCAUCGUCGCUGAGCGGCCAAGACCGAAAUUCUAUACCGGAGAAAUGGCGCAACACAUAUCUCGAUCCGUGGACUUGGGCCACCACUACCGAUUUCAAUGUCACUUUUACAGACGAAAUGGUGGGCGAUCUACCCGUCAUGGGCUUGUACUCUAAAUGGGAUGACUCUGCAAAGGCCAACGACAAGGUCCCGGCCCUGAACAAGCCUUGGGGAAAAUACACGGAUUUGCCGGCACGUGGCGUCAACUUGGGAGGCUGGCUGUCACUGGAGCCGUGGAUCACGCCCUCUUUAUUCGACUACCCGCUCAGUAUGGGCAUCAUUGACGAAGCGACACUGGUGACCUACUUGGGCGAUAAGGCAGCGUCGACAUUGGAAAAACAUUAUUCGUCUUUUAUAACCGAAGACACAUUCAAAGCGAUUGCGGCCGCUGGACUGGACCAUGUGCGCAUACCCUUCUCGUACUGGGCCGUCACGACGUACGACGGAGAUCCAUACUUAUUCCGCACCUCCUGGAGAUAUCUGUUGCGUGGUAUCGAAUGGGCCCGAAAAUACGGCCUGCGCAUCAAUCUCGAUGUUCAUGGCCUUCCAGGCAGCCAGAAUGGGUGGAAUCACAGUGGACGCUGGGGCGCCAUUGGCUGGCUCAAUGGCACGGAUGGCGACAGAAAUGCCCAGCGAUCACUGGAUGUUCACGACCGGCUUUCCAAAUUCUUCAGCCAAGAUCGCUAUAAGAAUAUCAUUAGCCACUAUGGCCUGGCCAAUGAACCACGAAUGGUGUUGUUGGACGCCUCCAAGGUUAUUAGUUGGACAGAGAACGCUUACAAGAUGGUACGCAAGAACGGCAUCGAAGGCAUUGUCGUUUUUGGUGACGGCUUCAUGGGCCUCGAAAACUGGCAGGGCCGCAUGACGGGCUAUGACACCAUGGCGCUCGAUGUUCAUCAAUACGUCAUCUUUAACGAGAACCAAAUUGACUUUUCGCAUCAAAAGAAGAUUCAGUACGCCUGCGACGGGUGGACUAAGCAGACACAGCAGAGCAUGGACACCAGUACUGGAUAUGGACCCACGCUUUUUGCAGAGUGGUCGCAGGCAGACACUGACUGCGCAAAGCAUCUCACAAACGUUGGAUGGGGAAACCGAUGGGAGGGCACUCUGGACACUGGAGACGCCAAAACCUCUAUCCUAACGCCGAGAUGCCCGACCAAGAAUAAACAGUGCUCGUGCGCCCAGGCUAAUGCGGAGCCCAGCAAGUGGAGCUCUGAUUAUAAAAAGUUUCUCAAAAUGUUUGCGGAGGCGCAGAUGCACAGCUUUGAAAAGGGCUGGGGCUGGUGGUAUUGGACGUGGAAGACGGAGAGCGCGCCGCAGUGGUCUUACGAGGCCGGGCUUAAGGCCGGUAUCCUUCCGCAAAAGGCCUAUUCUCGGGACUUUAAUUGUGACUCGGACGUGCCAGACUUUGCAAAGGAUGGUUUACCAGAGUACUAUUAG